UGGCGCCGGUGAGCCUCAAAACUCAGUUACGUUCAGAAUAGUUUUUCACGGAAAACAGUAUGGGACUGUUGACUAUUUUAAAGAAGAUGAAGCAAAAGGAGAAAGAGAUGAGAAUUCUGAUGCUAGGACUUGAUAAUGCUGGAAAAACAACUAUUUUAAAGAAGUUCAAUGGAGAAGAUAUCAACACAAUAGAACCUACUUUAGGAUUUAAUAUCAAAACCCUAGAGCAUAAAGAAUUCAAGUUAAAUAUUUGGGAUGUUGGAGGACAGAAGUCUCUUCGAUCAUAUUGGAGAAAUUAUUUUGAAAGCACAGAUGGUUUGAUAUGGGUGGUGGAUAGUGCUGACAGAAGAAGGCUGGUGGACUGCAAGGAGGAAUUGAAAGGUCUCCUUCUAGAAGAGAGGCUUGCAGGUGCUACUCUAUUAGUGUUUGCCAAUAAGCAGGACCUGCCUGGUGCCUUGUCUGCUGAAGACAUCAGAGAUGCUCUUGAUUUGGAAUCCAUCAAGACACAUCAUUGGAACAUUCAGUGGUGCAGUGCAGUUACAGGAGAGAAGCUUUUGGAUGGCAUUGACUGGAUUAUCUCAGACAUUGCAUCAAGAAUAUUUACAAUGGACUGACACAAUGUCUGUGGACUUGUUUUGGAGAAUAUAUCUUAAAAUUGCCGUGGAAAAGCGGUCAUAUUUAAGACGCAAGGCAAGGAUGAGUAAACUUCAAGAUUAUGAAACCAAACCAAUUGUCUCAGCCUUGAAACAAAAAUGUAAGGACUGCAAGAUAAACUCCUUCAUUUAUUGUGAAUUUGGACUUUAUACUGAAGAACCAUACUUCAAGACGAUUAAUUUUAUGGUUGUUAAUAUUUAUGAACAUGCAAGAUAAAUGAAAGAUUACCUGAUAAUAAAAAUAUGAGGUAUUCAACUUUUUUCCCCAUACAUUGCUUCUUACAUUUUAUUUUCUCAAUCAAAUUGAGCACAAAGCUGCUAAUUUUUGGGAUGAAUGCCAUGGUGAGAAAUACUGAUGCCUCACCCCCCCCCCCCAGAGAUCCAGCUCUCAACCUUUAAUUUCUGUUUGAGUGGAGGAAUUACAACAGCACUGCAGUGGCAUAUUCCUACCAUAGUUGGUUAACAUUAGGCAUGAUAGUGUUCCAACAAAGUUGUUGUGAGACUCAGCAGGCUUAAGUAUAGCAUUGACACACUCAAACUUUAACUGAAUGUAUAAACCUAAGUGAAGACAAAUAAAUCUGCAUUUGAGCACAAAAUAACUUCACUAACUACCAUGGGGUUGCUAUACAUUUCAAUGUCCAAGAACACUCAUCCUUGAUGUUGAUUUGUUAGUCAGUCGGCUAGUUAAAUCUCCUUGGUUUGUAACAUUUGUUAAAUUAUCGAUUGCACAGUAAUUUGUAAAAUAGGUUAAGGCUGGACAGGAUUCACUGAGUAAUUCUCAUGUUGCAUCAGCUAAGUUGAGCAAAAAGUAAGGGCUAUUUGCAGUCGCAGAUCCAGACGUUGUGUUAAGGGAGGGGGUAGGCAUUUUUUUGUGUGUAUUCACCUACCAGCUUUUCUUCUCUGCAUUUUUUUUUUCACCCA